UCUUCCAGCGAAAAGCCGCGGACAGCAGAAUAUAAAUAGAAGGUCACUAACAGGUGGGAACUAAACCACCAGGUGGGCAGUAGGCAGUGAGCAGAGCUUUGAUGGUUGACUUCGCUGGUUGACUUUGGACUCAAAGUUCUUGCAUUGGUUGUUGCCCAAUUUGGGACUUCAGCUGAUUGUUUCUGGCCACAGAACUACGAGUAUGUGCCCCAUCCUCCCACUUGGCUGCUGGGGCUGCUCCGCCACGAAGGCUUGCCAGAAGCAAAGGGACCAGCAGCAGAAGCAGCUGGAGCAGCACUCACAGCACCAGCCGAAGAGUAACCAGCCGGACAUUCAGAUGAGCGUGCUAUCCCCGCAGCUAGGCGCCUCCCACGAGGUGGCCACCAGCCAGACAUCGCUACCCAGCAUGAGUCCCAGCCUGGUGGCCCUGCCCCACCGGAUAGUCACGUCGAGCACCUUGAGCUCCUGGGCCGGCGAGGAGGAGCUGUGCGACAUGGAGGACUACGUGGAUCGCACGCCUUCUCGGUGGACCGCCUGGUGGCUCAAAAGGGCCUCCAACGAGGAUCACUUAUCCAUCGUGUCUCAGCAGAACGAGUUUGAGUAAUACAUGGGCUGCAUCGAUCCAUGACAUAAACGUACAACUAAACUACCACACAAAGAAUACACAAAGAAAUCUCUUUUAUGUAAUAAAAGUACAUACUGUGUUUUUGGUUCUCACGAAAAGUAAAA